GGCAGGUUGGGUGACUUUGAGUUGGCGAAGACACUGUUGAAGCGUGCCGCUGAGAGAGGGUUGCCCAUGCUGGUAGCCAACUCUGACUUCGUAACCUCUUCGCCUACGGGUGGGGUGUGGCAAAUGCCAGGAAACUACGCAGCUAUCUACGACGCAUACGGUGGACACACCCAACACUUCGGAAAGCCCACAGCGUUUAUAUAUAAAGAGUGCAUCGACAUGCUGGCCACUAAAGGGAUUGAGAAGAAGGACAUCAUAUGUGUAGGAGACUCUUUCCAUCACGAUAUCAAAGGUGCGUGUGAUGCAGGAUUGGAUGUGCUGUUCAUAUCCUCGGGUGUGCAUAGGCCUGAGCUUAUGCCUGAAAGAGCGGUCACUGUAGAUAAGGAGUCAUUAGAAGAUCUCUGCAAAACCAUCGGCUGCCGCCCAACGUACUACACCGAAUUGUUCAGAUGAGUUUGUACGAUAUAAGGAUUUUCACAGGACGUCAAUUAGAAUGCUCACUCCAGCCACCUCACAAGUGAACAUGGCCCGAGUAAUAUCCGAGCCAUAUACCAAUAAAUGCAAUGGAGCAGCUCAAAUAGG